AAAUUAUCCCUAGAUUCUGUGAAAUACUUGAUGCAAGAGCGGUACAUCGAUGAGCUUGUGUUCAAAUGCUUGACACUGGAAUGUGAUUUGGGAAGUGCAGUAAAUCGCCUGAUAACACAACAAGGACAAUUUGCCGUUACUCCCAAAUCAAAGAGACCUGGCAUUGUAAGGAAAAGGAAAUUUGACACAGCUUUUUUAUCAUCAAGGAACAACUAUGAUUGUAAAUUAAGGGAGCGAAUCACAAACUCAUGGCACUGGUUGCAGCAGCUUGUGCCAAACUGUGAUCCAUAUGCAGACAAGGCCAUUGCACUUGAGAUAAUUAAGUGUAAGUUGCAUAUUUUCACCACUGCUGGAAUUACCAUGGUUCCUUCUUACAACAGAUCAACAAGGAUUGCUCAUCACUAAUUUAAGGCAACGAUUUCCCUAGAGGACAUGGAGAAGAAGGUUAUGGAAAUUCUUACAAAUGAAAGAAAAGCAUUUGGAAGUAGGGAAGAGCAGUCAUGAAAACUUGUACAACCAGAAUAUUUAAAUUUCCAGAGUAAAUGUCCGUUGUAAUCACUUGCUUUUGAAAAGUCUCAACAUUCACAGAAAUCUAUUUUUAUUUACUUUAUAUCAAUAACAAUACCAAACACAAAACUAAGUGGCAGCUUGAAGAAUUAAUUGUAACGAAGUGUUUUGUAAACAAAAUAGUGGGUAAAUCAAAAGGGCAGGCCAAUAACUACAAAUUGGUAAGUUUCAACAGUGUGGUAUCACAAUUUCUUUUAUUACAGUUCAAGUAAUUUUUUAAUUCCUUA